AUGGAGGAUUUCGAAAUAUCUGAAAUUGAUAUUAAACAAAGACCAUCUUCAGUACUUCCAAGAUCGAUCAAGGUCGGUCCGGAGGUGGCUACAACUCCGUUGCCGCAGGGAAAACAGUCCGCUGCAGUACAAGAAAAGUGGAACGGCUUCGUAGAAUCGUCCACUCUGCAUGGCUUGCAGCACGUGUUUGGCGGUCGAACUCUGGCCCGCAGAGUCAUAUGGGCCUUGUUUCUUCUCCUCGGUAUCGGCUGGUUCUCGCUGCAGACACAAAAGUUGUUAACGAAGUACUUCAGCUAUCCCGUGACGACAAAAGUAACCUUGGUUUACGAAGAAAACCCCGAGUUUCCAGCGGUCAGCAUCUGCAACUUUAACAUGUUUCGAAGAUCUGUGGUCCAAGAAGCAGGCUACGAGGAGAUUCUGAAUUAUGUGCUAAGGAAAUCGAGUGGAAUUGACGUCUCUGGCGAAACCAUCGACUGGGAAUUGUACGAAAGUAUGAACCUGACUGAAUUUCAUUUUGCCAUGGGACAUCAAAUAUACAACACCUUACAUCAGUGCUAUUGGGACGGAGGACUUUGCACAUAUGAGAAUUUUACACCUGUUUUGACUUCCAUGGGUCUUUGUUACACAUUUAAUUCAGGCAAAGAUGGUCAGCCAAUUUUGAGGGUGAGACAGGCUGGGUCGGACUUUGCACUCCACCUGAUGUUGGACGUGCAGCAGUGGGAUUAUGGCGCGUUAGGUUCACGUGCAGGUCUCAUGGUAUUCAUUCAUGAUCACGAAACACCACCCCUGGUGGCGCAACUUGGUUUCGCAGUGGGGCCUGGAACGAGCACCUUUGCGGCAAUUAACAAACAGAAGACUAUUAGCCUUCCAGACCCAUAUGAGAGCAAUUGCCUGGACAAAAACGACAGCAAGGUACCUGGUUACAAGACAUACACAAUUCUUGGUUGUCUGUUGAUGUGUCAAACAAAAUAUGUAAUUGAAAAAUGUGGCUGUCGGGAUGUUGGAAUGCCUGCAAUUAACGACACCAGAAUGUGUAAAGCACAGGAUUUAUCAGAUUGUGUGCUUAGAGAAAAAGAUGUCGGAAAUUUCCGGAAACUAAAAGAUCAGCAAUGCAAGUGUCCAGUGCCUUGUAGUACGACCUCAUUCAGGCCUAUCCUGUCAUAUGCUGCUUUUCCAAGUGAUGAAUACAUCAAACAAUCACAUGAAUUAUAUGAGAUCUAUGGCUCCAACACAUCAGAGGCUAGUCUUGACUUUAUCCAAGGAUACAUGAGCCAGAACAUGUUGGAACUUGUGAUUUAUUUUGAAGAAUUAAGUUAUCAUGUCAUUGAACAGACACCAGCCUAUGAUUCCGAAAGCCUUUUUGCCGAAAUCGGUGGUCAAGUCGGGCUUUGUGUCGGUGCCAGUCUUCUUACCGUGCUUGAAUUUUGUGACGUCAUAAUCGCCAUCAUUGGAAUACGCUUUGGAUUCCGCUAAGCAUGCGCAAAGGUGUAAAGUUGGAUGU